AUGUGGAAGAGCAGAGCCCUGGUGGCUUCCCUCGCCCUCGGGCUGGCAUCUGCAGGGGGUCUCCCGGAUGGCCCCAUCAUAGCAGCAUGGCAGGACUGGUCAGCCUGCAACGAGACGCAGACACUUCGCGCAGUGCAGGAGGGUGUCAACGUGAUAUUUUGGUUUGCGAUCAACCUGGUCAAGGACACGAAGACGCAGCAGCCGAAGAUCACGGGCGGUCCAGACAUGGGGUGUGUGGCCAAGGUUCGGGCUGCCAUUGAGAGGCUGAGGCUUCCGACCGCGCACCUCAUCACCGUGGGUGGCUGGGACAGCCCCCACCCGGACACAUCUUUCUCUGGUAGUCAGUGGUUCGAUGUGUGGAAUGAGUGGAACAAGCGGCUACCGGUACCUUUCGAUGGCUUCGACUGGGACUUGGAAGGUAACGACCAGCUGUCCUCGCCCAACAACGAGUUUACUCCAAGAUGCCUGCAGCUUGUGCUUGACAUGUCCAUCGCCGCCAAGAGGGCCGGCUUGCUUGCAACGCUUGCCCCACCACAGUCCUAUUUUGACGUAACCACACAGCAGUUCAAUCGAUUUCUGAACAACACCGACCCCGACUUUCAUCCGGAGUUCCACUACAUGGGCAGGAACAGCUAUGCUUACCUCUUGGCUGCCGCCCCGCCGGGGACUUUCGACCUUGUGGAGGUGCAGCUCUACGAGACUUUCGCACCUGCCCUCCGAAGCUUAGACACAGGUAUGCCAGGCGCAGAUUACUUACGCGCCUGGGCAGCCCAGCUCCUAGCCGGCUGGAUGAUCAACGUCACCGACCCACAGCUUCCCUUGAAGGGGCUUUUGCCGGUCCACCUGGAGCCCAGCCGCUUUAUCGCGGCUUUGAGCUUUGCCCCAGGAAGCUCAGCCGGGAGGUCUGCAUUCUUCUGGCCUGACCAGGUGCAGGAGGCGUACCAAGCCGCCGACCCUUCAAGGCGGCCUCGUGGGUACGCGUUCUGGAAUAUAGGGAUGGAGGGUAGCAAGGUCAACAACACCAACAGCACGGUGGCGUUUGCAAGUAGUUUGAACUCAUUCCUGCAUGUGCGGGACACUGCGGUGCCAGAAGCCACAGAUGAGCUGGUAGUCUGA